AUGCUAAAGCAUAUCAUUAAGUACAUGCAGGUGAACUUUAUCCGCAGCAGCCUUUGCGUCUGCACAAUCUUCUGCUGGCGUUCGUUCAAGUGGCAUUCUCACACUGCUGCGGAGGGGGUUAAAGACCAGAAGACUUGCAACCAUGAAAAGCUGAUAAAGAGACAAGAUGAUCCUGGCUUCGGUAGGGCCUUGCAAGUUCUCGAAGCGCUGAAGAGCCAGAAGCCAUGGAAGUCUUUCUUUGCAGACGAGAUUGAUCACGACAAGAAGCCGCCGAACAAGGCCUCGGAGAUGCUUCAGAGUUUUGUCAGCGAAUGCAGCACCAGGGAACCAAACUCUCCUGCUCAAGGGUUCAACCAGAGAAGCACAUCGCAGAAUUUCGGCGAGCCGAAAGACGACACUCCGCAGCCCCAACAGGCGGCACAGGAUGCCGGCUGGUCCCGCGUGAAUCUGACCAUUGUGGCACUUUCGACUCUUGGGCUUGGCAGUGGAGUGUUCCUCAUGUCAGUGGGUCCAGAGUUGGAGGCUCGGAACAAGCUCUUCCAAAAUCGUGACGAGCCCACCUUCGAAGCCUUCUCCUUAUCGUGGUGGUGGAUUAACAUGUUAGGGUCUUUGGUUCUGAUGUGCGAUGGCUGGGCCCGUCUCCUGCUGUCUCUCCUCAACGCCACGGACAAGUUUCGGAACAACAUCACCCAAGUCCUCAUCUUCUCCUGCCCGGGCCGGCUCACGAGCUGGUCGCACCUGUCUCGCGGCUUGGAGGCGUACUCUUACAGGAACAGGUGUCGCGCCAAGCGGCUCUUGCAGACGUAUGCACGAGAGGCAGAGAUCAACAGACUAUCGUCAGGGGACGUUCAUCAGAUGUUGUUCAAUAAUGCAUCCCAGAGCGGGCCACCCUCGCGCAUGUUUCCAUGGUGGAGGGUUGCCCCAGCCCUGACAUGUGGAGAUGCCAAGCUCUUCCAUGAAUUGCUUCGGCAAGACUCGUGCCAGCUCAGCUUCGCGCAUGAGGAUGAUUUGCAAGCAUGGUGGCUAUUGCGGCAGUAUGUUCACAUCGACUUGGCAGAUGAAGCUUCGCAGAUGGAGUUUGUCGGCGUGAUGGUGGCGACGUUCCUCGCGGUCUUUGGAGCUUUCCUUUCUCUGGAUUUGCUGCUGAAGUAUAGUCUCAUUUCCCAAGCAUUGGUCAUCAUGUACCUCUCGUCGAGCCCGUUCCUGCUGCUGAUGUUGCGUGUCUUCUCCUACGGAAUCGACAUCAACUCCCUGCUUGUUCGAGAUGCUCAGGUUCUCUCGGAUGCCGCCACCUGGGCCAGGUUCUUCCCAGACGAAAUGUGGGUCAGGGAGGAAGCAGACAAGGUGCCUAGUUGGAAUGAUGCUACUAACCUGACACUGCAGCUGGAUCUCUCGACCCUCCAGCGCAACACGGAGGUGCAUGAGCACAUUCAGACCCUGCUAGGUGUCAGAGUGACAUCCAACCUGUUGGCGGGCUGGAUCGUGUCCGUGCUUGUGACGGGAGUUACGUGGCUACAGGGCCUGGCAGCACAGGUCUGGAGCAUUGAAUGGCUGGCCCAACAAAUCAAGGAGCUUGAGUUCACGGUCGAGUUCCACUGGUGA